AUGGACUCCCUAUCCUCCGCCGGGAAGAAUCUCCCUGAGAUCCCCAGAUCUAAGUCAACUGAGAAGUUUACGAUCGUGGGAUUCAAGCACACCAACGAGACCGAGAUCCUCCUCUCCAUCAUCCACCACGGCUCUCUACGCAUGAGCUUCUUCCAGCCAAAGACAAACAAAGUCGGCGGCCCGAUUCCCCCGCCUAGGUCGCCCUACGUUAUCGCUGUCGGAUAUUACGUCCCUCCACACCUCUUUAUAUAG